UGAAUUUUAACUUGACUAUGGUUGAAAUUUCAAUUAUAAUCCAUAAAUCUCUUACUGUUUAAUAUUGUAUAAAUAACUGACAUAGUGGGUGCAUUAUGUCGUACUUUGAAUUCUAUACUAAGAACAUAAGCCAACCUAUCGAAGCAAAAAGCACAGCGAUUGCCAAAGAUGUUAAUUCACCGCCAAAAAACAAACCCAGAAGCAAAAUAAGCAAUGGAUUUAAAUCUGAAGCAUCCAAAGAUACUGAAAUUAUAAAAGGCACUUGUCUAUCAAUGUGCCCUGAAGAUGAAGUUAACAUGCGAGAAAAAGCCAAAAUGGUACAUAUUUUGGAGGUUAUAGACGGUAAGAAGGUUUUGGUGAAAUGCUACAGCCGUUCUGCUGCUGACUCAGUGGUCGCCGUGCCGCGGCUGCUGCGGCCCUAUACGGUCCUCCAAAAUACUAUACAACAUCUAUUACUAAAAAUAGCACAAAAAAAAGAUACAAGUAUAAUGGUGAUAUAUGACUUUGUGAGUGACCGUCUCCGAGCAGUGCGGCAGGACAUGACGGUACAGAGGCUCUCGGCUAAGGAGUGCAUGACUUUGUUGGAGCCCAUGAUACGCUUCCAUGUUUAUUUUGGUUAUAAACUCUGUGAAUAUCCAAUAGCAGCAUAUGAUCCAGUGUUAAACAAAAAACUACUUCUAGAGUGUUUAAAGUGGUUCCUAAGCUGCAGUGAUUCCAUGGACCAAAUACCAAAAGACCUGACUACUGAGAUGGAGCAAUUGAAAUUAAACUCUAAUGUAGCUAAUAAUAAGAGUCAAAUGGAAAAUUUAUUUAAGUGUGACCAUCAAUUAGUGGAAAGCUUGUAUAUACUGUGCAAUCUGGAUGAUGUGCAUCCCAUGUAUAGAUACUUGAAUUUAGCAAAUAAUUUGAAAAGUAACACAGCUAUAAAGUUAGCUUACAAAAUAGCAGCAGCGAAUGGGAGAGGCAAUUUCGUUCAAGUGUGCAAGCAGCUGGAUAACCUGUGCCCACUGGCAUACUGCGCCUUGUGUGUACAUCUGCCGACUGUGCAAAGACAAGCCCUACAAGUAAUAAGCACUGCAUACAGCAGCAAACAACUGUCAGUACCUCUAAGUGCCUGACGUACCUGGCUGCGUUUCGACAGCGACGCGACGGCGGCAAGUGUGUGCGCGCAUUACGGACUGGUUGCCAGUGAGGGGGCGGUACGGUUUACUAAAGGAAACUUCAAGGCAGAUGUCGCUACGCAUCAACCAACAAGAUUACUGCUCGUGGAUCAGAAGAAAGAUCUCUCGCACAAGCAUAUGUUCACAUAUCACUCUGAAGAUUAUGCUUACGGUGAUUAAUGGACCAACUAUUUACAUUUGAAGCCGGGACUCACAAACUGUUUGUGGUUGCAGAUAAUGGUGCUUAGCUUUUAUUUAACCCUUUUCUUGGCAAUGUAUCUUGAUAUAUUAUUUUUAUUUUUUUGUUAUUUUUGUACAGAUUUUGUUCUUACGCAAGCGAGGCUGUUUUAAUUAGCUUGUCAAGUAAAGAGUCAAAUUCAAUAAUUAAUUGUUAAAACCUGUUAACGCAAUAUAAAAUAAUUUUAGAAGAAAAAGUACAGUAUUUUCUGUAUUCAAGAGCAUCAUUAGUCUAGCUAUAAUGUCUAGAACUGGCUAACGCGUAUGUUCACAAAGAGAUCAUUAGAAGGAUAUUCGCCAGAUCUAUAUGCACCUGAGUAAUUAUGUUGUGUAUUUUUAAUUAGUUUAUAUUUGUUACGUUUUCAAUUUAUCAAUCAAGAUCUCAAGAAAUGUAUCUUAAUUUUUAUACUUAAAUAUAAAUAAAACAAUAUUUUUAUAUAAA